GCGGUAGAAACCCAGGCUGGGGCCAGAACAUGUCGGAUCUAGGCUCAGAGGAGUUGGAGGAGGAGGGAGAGAAUGAUCUUGGGGAAUAUGAAGGGGAACGGAAUGAUGCAGGUCAACGGCAUGGGCACGGGAGAGCCAGACUGCCCAAUGGGGACACCUAUGAAGGGAGGUAUGAGUUUGGUAAAAGACAUGGCCAGGGGACCUACAAAUUUAAAAAUGGUGCUCGCUACAUUGGAGAAUAUUUCAAAAAUAAAAAGCAUGGUCAAGGCACUUUUAUAUAUCCAGAUGGAUCACGAUAUGAAGGAGAGUGGGCAGAUGACCAGAGACAUGGCCAUGGUGUGUACUACUAUGUCAACAAUGACACCUACACAGGAGAGUGGUAUUCUCACCAAAGGCAUGGGCAAGGCACCUAUUUCUAUGCAGAGACGGGCAGCAAGUAUGUUGGCACCUGGGUGAAUGGACAGCAGGAGGGUGCAGCCGAGCUUAUCCAUCUGAACCACAGGUACCAGGGCAAGUUCUUGAACAAAAAUCCUGUUGGCCCUGGAAAGUAUGUGUUUGAUACUGGAUGUGAACAACAUGGUGAAUAUCGCUUAACAGAUGUGGAAAGAGGUGAGGAGGAAGAAGAAGAGGAAACAUUAAUAACUGUCAUUCCCAAAUGGAAAGCUACCAAAAUCACUGAGUUGGCCCUGUGGACACCAAAGAUCCCCGAGGAGUCACCAGCUGCAGACACACUGCCUGGGCAAGAAGAGGCCCUGGGGGUUGAGGGAGCAGAAACUGGGGAGGACACUCAGGUGCCAACGGAUAUUUCCGAGGGUGAGAAUGAAUCUUUAAGGGCCGGUGAUGAGGAUGGAGACACCACCAGGGAGGAUGGCCAAGAUGAGUUCCUAUAUGACACAGACCAGGGAAAUAUUAGUUUUGAAGAGGAAGAAACUAGACAAUCAGAUUUACAGGAGUAA